GAGAAGCAAUUACAGAGAGAAGGAGAACGAAAGAGAUAGAGAGAGAAAUAGAGCGAGCACUUGGUUACAGAGGUUGAAAGAAAGAGGCAUGUGAAAAGCAUUGUUGCUUUUGAGAGAAACGAGCGAAGCUAAAAUUCAUUUGGUGAGAGAGAGAGAGAAAGAGAAAAAGAGAGAUAUAAUAGAGAUAGAAUGAAUGUAUGAAUGACUGGGGAGAAGAGGAGAAAAGAUAAGAAGAAGGAAAAAGCGACAGACGGACUGACAGGCAUUACCGAAGAGCUUGCUGUAGAGCACUCAGCCUGUUGUUGUGGAAGGAAGGCAGGCGGAACAUUCUGUCUUGUCAUUUGACUUACUACUAUAGGAAAACAUGUCCAACACGUUACAACCUUUACUGCUGAGUCCAAAUCGGAGUGAAACGAAUAAGUCAGAUCUGAGCCCGACCAGCGCUAGCAUAUCUGACACACAAACUUGGGAAAAAGACAAGAAAUAUGUUAUACCGUAUCUCUUGGCAAGGUUACAAAACCCUCGAAGAAGCUACUCUCGAGCCUUCAAGAUCUGGUGUUCUAAGCCUCUUGUCUAUAAAGUUGUGGUCAACUCUGCUGGACGUACAUGGUUCAUCUUUCGACGCUACAAUGAGUUUCAUUCCCUUUAUGAAAAGGUGAAAAAGGUACACCCGGAUGCCAAUUUAAAAUUACCAGGAAAAAAAAUCUUUGGAAAUUUAGAUCCUGAUUUCAUACGGCAGCGAAGGGAUGGCUUGGAUGAUUUCAUACAGAAAUUAGUGACACACCCAAAACUUUCUCUUCACCCAGACGUCCGGGCUUUUCUAUCACUGGACAAUUCCAGAAAUGCUCAAGAAACUGUUGAUACUGAGAAUUUUUACGAUUCCGAUCCUAUCAUGAAUGGUAAAGAUAGUAAUCCAGUGAAUCUUGGUCCCAGUGAGAAGCCAAGUGUCAGACCGAGUGAUUUUGAAUUUUUGAAAGUUAUUGGCAAAGGUAGUUUUGGAAAGGUGCUCCUGGCACGCCAUAGAACAGAAGGAAAAAUCUAUGCCAUCAAAGUACUACAGAAGAAGGCUGUGAUGAAGCGGAACGAAGUACGACAUAUCAUGUCAGAGAGAAAUGUUCUUGUACAGAACGUCAAACACCCUUUCCUUGUGGGGCUCCAUUAUUCUUUCCAAACGCCGGACAAGCUUUACUUUGUACUGGACUAUGUCAAUGGUGGAGAGCUCUUUUUCCAUUUACAACGAGAACGCUUCUUCCCUGAACCGAGAGCUCAGUUCUACGCUGCAGAAAUGGCCAGUGCUCUAGGAUAUCUUCACUCCUUAAAUAUCAUCUACAGAGAUCUCAAACCUGAAAAUAUCUUAUUGGAUUCUCAGGGUCAUGUUGUUUUGACAGAUUUUGGUUUAUGUAAGGAAGGAAUUGAAGGUAUGGGAACCACCACUACGUUUUGUGGAACUCCUGAGUACCUUGCUCCUGAGGUCUUGCGGAAACAACCAUAUGACAGAACUGUUGACUGGUGGUGCUUAGGAGCUGUUCUCUACGAAAUGUUGUUUGGAUUGCCACCUUUUUACAGUCGAGACACAGCAGAGAUGUACGACAACAUUCUUCAUCAGCCACUACGGAUACGUAACAAUAUCUCUCAGUCAGCCAGAUCUAUAUUAGAAGGAUUACUUCAAAAAGAGAAAGAAAACAGGCUUGGCGCCAAAAAAGAUUUCCAGGAAAUCAAAAGCCAAAAUUUUUUUGCUGAUAUCAAAUGGAAUGACUUAUACUCAAAAUGUAUAGACCCACCUUAUAACCCAAAUGUGAGCGGCCAAUUGGAUUUGAAGAAUUUUGACCCAGAAUUUGUAAAAGAACCAAUACCUGGGUCCGUAGGGAAGUCAGCUGAAGGCAACAAGUUGAUUAGUGCAAGUGUCCGAGAAGCAGACGGUGUGUUCGAGGGGUUUUCAUAUGUUCCUCCCGCUGAGGAUGCAUUCAACUAAGGACAGGAAUGGUGUCCUGCAACGACCUGGAGACUGGAACUGCAUCUGCUUCACUGAAGAAGGAGUACAGAAGGAAAGAAUAAAUAAAAGAAUGAAUGAAAAAAAAAACAAGAAAAUACCAACAGAAACUAAUUGCUAUGGGUCUAUGAAUUUUAUUGGUGUUGUCUGACUGAAGACUACUGUGUAUGAAAAUGUCUACAGUUUGAUCUGUAACAUAUCUAACAUGUAUAUUUUCAGACGAACACAGAUUGCAAGAAAGCUGACCAACUGCUCUUCGUCAAUUGCUCAUAUGCACGCACACUCUUUACACACAUCCAAACACACUCUUUACACACACACACACAUUCCCACACAUUCACAUGUGCGCACACAUACACCAAUUUUCAUUCCAAUCUGCUCAAAUUCCUGUUGUUACUUUCCUCUAGAAGAAUGAUGAAAGUGAUAUUAAGAUUUUUGUUGGGGUUUUUUUUUUUUUUUUAAUUAU